CGGUCUCACGAACAGUGUUCGCCGGCUUUCGGGCUCAGAAGUGUGGACUGCGGAUGAGGGAGCAGCGGUGCGGGAGGCGAAGCGGCUCGGAAAUUAUGAGGUAGCGGCUCGGCCACGUCCCUGCCCCGCGUUCACUCGAAGUGGGGGAAAAAGUGACGGAACCAGCUUGCUUUGACGUUAUCAUUCAGCGUGUGAGAGAAAGUGGACCGAAGUCAGUUUUCCUGCGGAUGAUUCGAGCUGAUUGUGCUGCUGUUGGGACUCUAGUGGUUUGGCGCAUGGCAGAACUGGGAAAGCAGAAAGAGAAAUGUACCCAUAACCACAGUGCUGGUGUUGCUGCCUCAGGUCUGGAUGCAGUGUCGGAAUGGUUUGCCAACCAUGGACACCGAGAUUGUACCGAAAUUUUCCUGCAAAGAUGAGGAGAUUGAGUACUGGAAGGCCCUCUCCCACCAGAACAUGCAGAGUUACCAGGAGGCCCAGGAGGAGCUGCUAGAGUUCCAGGAGGGCAGUCGGGAGCUUGAAGCUGAGCUGGAGGCCCAGCUCGGCCAGGCAGAGCACCGGAUACGAGACCUGCAGACAGAGAACCAGAGGCUGAAGAGCGAGGCUGAGGCCCUGAAGGAGAAGCUGGAGCAGCAGUACGCCCAGAGCUACAAGCAGAUCUCCGUGUUGGAGGACAAACUGGGCCAGACGCAAGGCAUCAAGGAGCAGCUGCAUAAAUACGUGCGGGAGCUGGAGCAGGCCAACGACGACCUGGAGAGGGCCAAGAGGGCGACGAUUGUCUCACUGGAGGACUUUGAGCAGCGGCUGAACCAGGCCAUCGAGAGGAAUGCCUUUCUGGAGAGCGAGCUGGACGAGAAGGAGUCCCUGCUGGUGUCUGUGCAGAGACUGAAAGACGAGGCCAGAGACCUGCGUCAGGAGCUGGCUGUACGCGAGCGACAGACCGACACGCGCAUGUCGGCUCCCAGCUCGCCCACGCCUGACAGUGACAAGACAGACUCUGGCGUCCAGGCCUCGCUGUCGCUGCCGGCCACGCCCCUCUGCAAGAACAUGGACAGUGUCUUCACCAGCAGCACAGUGCUCACCAAUGGCUGCAAUAACUCACCGUUAACGUCAUCGGCCAGAGUAUCAGCUCUCAAUAUAGUCGGUGAUCUCCUGCGGAAAGUAGGGGCGCUGGAGUCCAAGCUGGCGGCGUGUCGGAACUUCGCCAAGGACCAGGCAGCGAAGCGGAGCUAUAUGGCAGGGAGCACCAGCAUGCCCAAUGGCAACGCCACCAAGUUCUCGCACCCCAUCCACACCACCUACUUCGACAAAGCGCCAAUGAGCAGACUGGAAGCCGGCCCCCUGGCAGCCAUGAAAGCGGCUCCCCACUCAGCGUCGCCCCCCGGCCUGCUGCCUCUCAGCGUGUGAUGAAGGGCCCCCCUCAGAUACCACAGAACCUCACGGGACAAGCGCAGUUAAGGAGAUGGAAAACUGAAGCAGGGGCUCCUCUCCCCUGCCCCCCCAUACCAGUCCCUGGGCCCCCCCACACGGGAUUGCAUGUGUGUACACUAUGUGUAUGUCGACCACGCUAAUGCUCUCGCGCACACUGUUCCUGGUUUGCGCUGUAAACUGCACUUUUGUUGCACGCAGUUUCUGUUUCUGUUGUUUGGUUUACCACUGCGUGGUGGGAGGGGGUGGGGGCUGCCUUAUUCUGUAUGGUUUUACACCUUGGUGGUCUGAAAUUAGGGGUGAGCCUCAGUAAGACGCAUCACUGUCUACGAGGGUGGGGGCGGAUCUCCGGCCUCACAGGGCUCACAGGAAAAGCCUUUCCAGAGUGUGGCUGCCCCCCACUAUCCUGCUCCACAGAUGUUCGCAGACCGCUUUGUGGUCCUGUGCAGACCGCUUUGUGGUCCUGUGCAGACCGCUUUGUGGUCCUGUGCAGACCGCUUUGUGGUCCUGUGCGUCUCUGGUAUUCGUUGCUUUCGCAAUGGAGACUGUCCAGAUAACUGAUCUGCCUGUUCAGACCAAAGAUGUUGGGAGUGUGACCCUAUAAGUGAAUUCACCGUAAUGUAAAGGGCGUCACUCUGGGCUCUUUUAUUAAUGUCACCUUUGAUUCCUUCACCUCCCAGUUUCAUUUCUGCAGUUAUCUAUGUGCCUUCAGCUGUGGUCUAGCACUGGGUGAGUUUCACUCAUUCCUGCCACAGAAUGAUUUUCCUGUAACAGGUUUCUGACCCUUGCAUGACACCUCAUUUUGUUCAUAAAGCUCCGACCAGUCACUGUUAAGUUACAUGCUGUACUAUCUAUCGCUCUGCUUAUAUGAUGUCCGAUAACUGUGUGUGAUGUGUGUGCGCACACACGCACGUGUAUAAAUGCAAACACGCGUGUAAAAUACGGCCGUAGCAGUAAUGGGAUUAUUUAUAUUAGAGACUCUGCAUGGAUUGAAAUGGAAAAGUGCACAAUGUUAAAGUGCAUCUAUCAUACUGUAAAGCUCAAAAGUUAAUAAAAUACUGUAUUUAAAAAGCAA